UCUCGGCUCCAGCAGAUGUGGGGAAAGGGUGUGGGUCUCCAGCUGAAGGUCUCUGAACUCGUCUGUCUGGAACGUUCUACUCGUCAACUCAAGCUGUGGUUCUUUAGUUUCAGAGAGAGGGUCACCUCAUUUCUAAAGGAGGGACAAAAGAUGGAGACGCCUCAAGAAGUCGUCUUAAGAAUCUUAGAAGCUUUGGGAGCUGAGGACUUUGAAAAGUUUAAUUGGCACCUGCAGCAGGAAGGAGCCCUCAACGACUUCCCAGCAAUCCCAAAGAGUAAACUGGAGAAAGAAACCCGGCUUAACACCGUGGAUAUGAUGUUCCAGACCUACAGUAUGAAGAUUAUUGAUGUGACCAGAAUAGUUUUAGUGAAGAUGAAUCUAAAUGAUCUGGUGAAGAAGUUACCGUGUCAUGGAGAAGUCAACACCCCAGAACGUGCAGAGAUUCGGGCUGUGUGUCAGCGAAAAGUCAAAUCUAAGCUAAACAGGAAGUUCCAGCGUGUGUUUGAGGGGAUUGCCAAAGCAGGAAACCAAACUGUUCUGGAUCAGAUGUUCACAGAGAUGUACCUCAUGAAGGGAGGGGCUACAGGGGUCAAUGAGGAACAUGAGGUCAGACAGAUUGAGACAGCAUCCAGGAAACCAGACAGACCAGAAACAAUAAUCAGACAAGAAGACAUCUUAAAAACCCCACCUGGAAGAGAUGAACCAAUCAGAGCAGUGAUGACAACGGGAGUGGCUGGCAUUGGGAAAACAGUCUUAACACAGAAGUUCACUCUGGACUGGGCUGAAGGCAAAGCCAACCAGGACAUCCAGUUCACAUUCACAUUCACCUUCAGAGAGCUGAAUGUGCUGAAAGAGAGAAAGUUCAGCUUGGUGGAACUUGUUGAUUACUUCUUUAGUGAAACCAAAGAAGCAGGAAUCUGCAGGUUUGAAGAGUUCCCGGUGGUUUUCAUCUUUGACGGUCUGGAUGAGUGUCGACCUCUUCUGGACUUCCUCAACACUGAGAUCCUGACUGAUGUUACAGAGUCCACCUCAGUGGGUGUUCUACUGACAAACCUCAUCAGGGGGGAUCUCCUUCCCUCUGCUCGCCUCUGGAUAACCACACGACCUGCAGCAGCAAAUCAGAUCCCCCCUGAGUAUGUUGACAUGGUGACAGAGAUCAGAGGGUUCACUAACGCCCAGAAGGAGGAGUACUUCAGGAAGAGAUUCAGAGAUAAGAAGCAGGCCAGCAGAAUCAUCUCCCACAUCAAGAGAUCACGAAGCCUCCACAUCAUGUGCCACAUCCCAGUCUUCUGCUGGAUCACUGCUACAGUUCUGGAGGACGAGUUGAAGACCAGAGAGGGAGGAGAGCUGCCCAAGACCCUGACUGAGAUGUACAUCCACUUCCUGGUGGUUCAGUCCAAACGGAAGAACGUCAAAUAUGAUGGAGGAGCUGAGACGGAUCAAACCUGGAGUCCAGAGAGCAGGAAGAUGAUUGAGUCUCUGGGAAAACUGGCUUUUGAGCAGCUGCAGAAAGGCAACCUGAUCUUCUAUGAAUCAGACCUGACAGAGUGUGGCAUCGAUAUCACAGAAGCCUCAGUGGUCUCAGGAGUGUUCACACAGAUCUUUAAAGAGGAGAGAGGACUGUACCAGGACAAGGUGUUCAGCUUCAUCCAUCUGAGUGUUAUGGAGUUUCUGGCUGCUCUUCAUGUCCAUCUGACCUUCAACAACUCUGGACUCAACCUGCUGGCAGACAAACAAACAUCAUCAACACAGUUCUACCAGAGUGCUGUAGACAAGGCCUUACAGAGUCCUAAUGGACACCUGGACUUGUUCCUCCGCUUCCUCCUGGGUCUUUCUCAGCAGACCAAUCAGAAUCUCCUACGAGGUCUGCUGACAAACACAGGAAGUAGCUCACAGACCAAUCAGGAAACAGUGCAGUACAUCAAGAAGAAGAUGGAUAAGGAUCUGUCUGCAGAGAGAAGCAUCAAUCUGUUCCACUGUCUGAAUGAACUGAAUGAUCGUUCUCUAGUGGAGCAGAUCCAACAGUCCCUGAGAUUAGGACAUCUCUCCACAGAUAAACUGUCUCCUGCUCAGUGGUCAGCUGUGGUCUUCAUCUUACUGUCAUCAGAAGAAGAUCUGGACGUGUUUGACCUGAAGAAAUACUCUGCUUCAGAGGAGGCUCUUUUGAGGCUGGUGCCAGUGGUCAAAGCCUCCAAAAAAGCUCUGCUGAGUGUCUGUAACCUGUCAGAGAGAAGCUGUGAAGCUCUGUCCUCAGUUCUCAGCUCCCAGUCCUCUAGUCUGAGAGAGCUGGACCUGAGUAACAACAACCUGCAGGAUUCAGGAGUGGAGCUGAUCUCUGAUGGACUGAAGAGUCCACACUGCACACUGGAGACUCUCAGGCUGAGUCUCUGUGACCUGUCAGAGAGAAGCUGUGAAGCUCUGUCCUCAGUUCUCAGCUCCCAGUCCUCUAGUCUGAGAGAGCUGGACCUGAGUAACAACAACCUGCAGGAUUCAGGAGGGAAGCUGAUCUCUGAUGGACUGAAGAGUCCACACUGCACACUGGAGACUCUCAGUCUGUCAGGCUGUCUGAUCUCAGAGGAAGGCUGUUCUUCUCUGGUCUCAGCUCUGAGCUCCAACCCCUCCCAUCUGAGAGAGCUGGACCUGAGCUACAAUCAUCCAGGAGACUCAGGAGUGAAGCUGCUGUCAGCAGGACUGAAGGAUCCUCUCUGGAGACUGGACACUCUCAGGGUGGAGCCUGCUGGAGUCAGAUGGUUGACACCAGGUCUGAGGAAGUAUUCCUGUGAACUCACAGUCGACACCAACACGGUGCACAGGAACCUCAAACUGUCUGACAACAACAGGACGGUGACAUAUGUGGAGGAGGAUCAGCCAUAUCCUGAUCAUCCAGAGAGGACCCAUCAGAGACCAGACCCUGCUGAACCUGAACCUGAUUCUGAUCCUGAUCCUGAUCCUGAACCUAGCUGUGUGUCCUUUAAGAGCGACCGGUCAAAGGAUCUCAGUAUUGACUUUAAAGGAGAUCAACCCUCUGCUGGAAAGAGGAUCCAUCAGAGACCAGACUCUGCUGGACCUGAACCCAGCUGUGUGUCCUUAAAGAGAGACCGGUCAAAUUGUCGUCUCAUUGAAUUUAAAGAUCAACAACCCUCUGUUGGAAAGAGAGUGGACCAGGAGAGCUCAGAGGGUCCCAGUGGUCAGCCUGUCCAGCAGCAUCAAACAUACCUGGACUCCAUCUUUAGGCUGCUGGAGGACGACAUCGUCACUUUUGUAAAGAACGAGCUGAAGAAGAUCCAGAAGGUUCUGAGACCAGAUUACCCAGAAUGCUCAGAGAGUCAGGGGGAGGGUGAGGAUGAAGAGCAGAGGAGGACCAGAGAGGCGUUUCUGAAGAUCACACUGCACUUCCUGAGGAGAAUGAAGCAGGACGAGCUGGCUGACCGUCUGCAGAGCAGAAGACUAGCAGGUGUUUCUAAGCGUAAACUCAAAUCUAGGCUAAACAGGAAGUUCCAGCGUGUGUUUGAGGGGAUUGCUAAAGCAGGAAACCAAACCGUUCUGGAUCAGAUGUUCACAGAGAUCUACCUCCUGAAGGGAGGGGCUGCAGGGGUCAAUGAUCAACAUGAGGUCAGACAGAUUGAAACAGCAUCCUGGAAACCAGACACACCAGAACCAACAAUCAGACAAGAAGACAUCUUCAAAACCCCACCUGGAAGAGAUGAACCAAUCAGAACAGUGAUGACAACGGGAGUGGCUGGCAUCGGGAAAACAGUCUUAACACAGAAGUUCACUCUGGACUGGGCUGAAGGCAAAGCCAACCAGGACAUCCAGUUCACAUUCCCAUUCACCUUCAGAGAGUUGAAUGUGCUGAAAGAGAGAAAGUUCAGCUUGGUGGAACUUGUUGAUUACUUCUUUAGUGAAACCAAAGAAGCAGGAAUCUGCAGGUUUGAAGAGUUCCUGGUUCUCUUCAUCUUUGACGGUCUGGAUGAGUGUCGACUUCCGUUGGACUUCCUCCACACUGAGAUCCUGACUGAUGUUACAAAGUCCACCUCAGUGGGUGUGCUGCUGACAAACCUCAUCAGGGGGGAUCUGCUUCCCUCUGCUCGCCUCUGGAUAACCACACGACCUGCAGCAGCCAAUCAGAUCCCUCCUGAGUAUGUUGACAUGGUGACAGAGGUCAGAGGGUUCACUGACCCUCAGAAGGAGGAGUACUUCAGGAAGAGAUUCAGAGAUCAGGAGCAGGCCAGCAGAAUCAUCUCCCACAUCAAGACAUCACGAAGCCUCCACAUCAUGUGCCACAUCCCAGUCUUCUGCUGGAUCACUGCUACAGUUCUGGAGACCAGAGAGGGAGGAGAGCUGCCCAAUACCCUGACUGAGAUGUACAUCCACUUCCUGGUGGUUCAGUCCAAAGUGAAGAACAUAAAGUAUGAUGGAGGAGCUGAGACUGAUCCGCACUGGAGUCCAGAGAGCAGGAAGAUGAUUAAGUCUCUGGGAAAACUGGCUUUUGAGCAGCUGCAGAAAGGCAACCUGAUCUUCUAUGAAUCAGACCUGACAGAGUGUGGCAUCGAUAUCAGAGCAGCCUCAGUGGUCUCAGGAGUGUUCACACAGAUCUUUAAAGAGGAGAGAGGACUGUACCAGGACAAGGUGUUCAGCUUUGUCCAUCUGAGUGUUCAGGAGUUUCUGGCAGCUCUUCAUGUCCAUCUGACCUUCACCAACUCUGGACUCAACCUGCUGUCAGGAAAAAAAACAUCAUCAACACAGUUCUACCAGAGUGCUGUGGACAAGGCCUUACAGAGUCCAAAUGGACACCUGGACUUGUUCCUCCGCUUCCUCCUGGGUCUUUCUCUGCAGACCAAUCAGAGACUCCUACGAGGUCUGCUGACACAGACAGGAUUUAGUUCACAGACCAAUCAGAAAACAGUUGAGUACAUCAAGGAGAAGAUGGAUGAGGAUCUGUCUGCAGAGAGAAGCAUCAACCUGUUCCACUGUCUGAAUGAACUGAAUGAUGGUUCUCUAGUGGAGCAGAUCCAACGGUCCCUCAGUUCAGGACGUCUCUCCACAGAUAAACUGUCUCCUGCUCAGUGGUCAGCUCUGGUCUUCAUCUUACUGUCAUCAGAAGAAGAUCUGGACGUGUUUGAGCUGAAGAAAUACUCUGCUUCAGAGGAGGCUCUUCUGAGGCUGCUGCCAGUGGUCAAAGCCUCCAAAAAAGCUCUGCUGAGUCUCUGUAACCUGUCAGAGAGAAGCUGUGAAGCUCUGUCCUCAGUUCUCAGCUCCCAGUCCUCUAGUCUGAGAGAGCUGGACCUGAGUAACAACAACCUGCAGGAUUCAGGAGGGAAGCUGAUCUCUGAUGGACUGAAGAGUCCACACUGCACUCUGGAGACUCUCAGGCUGAGUGGCUGUAACCUGUCAGAGAGAAGCUGUGAAGCUCUGUCCUCAGUUCUCAGCUCCCAGUCCUCUAGUCUGAGAGAGCUGGACCUGAGUAACAACAACCUGCAGGAUUCAGGAGGGAAGCUGAUCUCUGAUGGACUGAAGAGUCCACACUGCACACUGGAGACUCUCAGUCUGUCAGGCUGUCUGAUCUCAGAGGAAGGCUGUUCUUCUCUGGUCUCAGCUCUGAGCUCCAACCCCUCCCAUCUGAGAGAGCUGGACCUGAGCUACAAUCAUCCAGGAGACUCAGGAGUGAAGCUGCUGUCAGCGGGACUGAAGGAUCCUCUCUGGAGACUGGACACUCUCAGGGUGGAGCCUGCUGGAGUCAGAUGGUUGACACCAGGUCUGAGGAAGUAUUCCUGUGAACUCACAGUCGACACCAACACGGUGCACAGGAACCUCAAACUGUCUGACAACAACAGGAAGGUGACAUAUGUGGAGGAGGAUCAGCCAUAUCCUGGUCAUCCAGACAGGUUUGAGUCCUGGUCUCAGCUGCUGUGUAGAGAUGGUCUGACUGGUCGCUGUUACUGGGAGUUUGAGAGGAGAGGAGGGGUUUGUAUAUCAGUGUGUUACAGAGGAAUCAGGAGGAGAGGAUACAGUGAUGACUGUGGGUUUGGACCUAAUGAUCAGUCCUGGAGUCUGAGCUGCUAUGAUUAUGGAUUCUCUGUCAGGCACAAUAACAGAGUAACAGUCCUCCGUCUCUCCUCCCGUGUCUCUGGUAGAGUAGCAGUGUAUGUGGACUGUCCAGCUGGCUCUCUGUCCUUCUACACAGUCUCUUCUGACUCACUGAUCCACCUCCACACCUUCAAAACCGCAUUCACUCAGACUCUCUAUCCUGGGUUUGGGUUCUGGUUUCCUGGCUCCUCAGUGUCUCUGUGUCCUGUGGAGGACGGAGAGUCUCCUCCUGUCCAUCACUGCUGAUCAGCUGAGUCUGGACAGGAUCCCCCU